AUGGAGGCUCCCCUACGGGGGAGACUCGGAGAAGGAAACAGUCGUAUAACAAAGCCAGUUUUUACGCUCCUGGCAUCUACAAACAGGGGCUUCACCCUAUUUGUGGCAAACCUCCCUUACGAUUGUAACUAUGAGGAUACUUACAGGAUAUUCCAGUGGUAUGGAAAUGUAACUGAUGUCUAUAUUCCACAAUUCCCUAAUUCCCCAAAACUGAGAGGCUAUGCCUAUGUGAGAUUCCAGUAUGAAGACAAAGGGAGAGCAGCCAUGGGUGUUCUUGACGCCCGCAGAAUUGAUGGACGCAUUGUGCAGGUGAUGGUGGCCAAACCCAGAGGUAACUCUUCUUCUAGCCUUCCUCGAUCCCCUCCUUUCGCACCCAACCCUUGUCCUGUCGCACCCGACCCUGGCCCUGUUCCCCUUAACCGAUCUUUUGCAGAAACCUUGCGAAAUAACAUUUAUAAAGAACCUCGGAUGCCCUCCUUGCCAAAGACUCAGCUAGACAUUGAUAAUGUCACAACUAUAGUUGAUAACGGAGAAGUGCGAUUAAAAUAG